AUGAUGAUUGAUAUGACUCUUAAACAAAUGGAACUUCAACAAGCAUCACAACAUCAAGAAAUAAUAUUAUCAAAUGUUGAUAAUCUAAGUUCAUUAUCAUCUAUAUCAUUAAAUAAUGAAGAAAAAGUUCCGACUAAUGUUAAUGCGACAGUUCCGAUUGCAGCAACAAUAACACUUGAACUUAAAAUUGAAAAUAAUUCUAAUAGUACACGUAUCAUUGAAAAUAGUAUACUUCUUAAAACAAAUUUAAUUGAAAAAAAUUCUAAUGUUCUUUUUGUACUUGUUUAUACUUUUCUUUAUUUAAUAACAUUAAUCGAAGAUGUCGAACUAACUAAUGUUGCUAUUGAGCAUCUUUAUUCCUUACUUAGUUAUAAUCAAACCAAUCGAAUAUUUACUUAUUUAUCAACCAAAAUUCGUAGAAGAACAUUCGGUGGAACUAUUGUUAAUCUUAAUCUAUCAACUGUAAUGACACCAUCAUUAUCAUCAACGGUUUCAAUAGAUAAAUUAAUUGAACUUGAUGUUAAAAGAAUGAAAGAACUUUCACCUGUUGUUUAUUCAAAAGAAAGUUCAUUAAAAACUCCUAAAUUAAUAUCAUUACUAUCAUCAAUAUUAGCUAGUAUGACUGGUACAGCAACUAGUAGAAAAAUAAAACCAAGUUAUUAUAAUAAAAAAACUAAAUAUAAACGUGAUUCAAAUAGUAUAAUGAAAGAAAAAAGUGAAAAACAACAAUUAUCUAAUAUAACAGAAGAUACAUUAGGUGGACAAUUGAAAUUUGGUCUUGCAAAAUAUCUUGCUUUAGAAUUUACUGUAGUAAAACAUUUUGUUGAUUGUAUUGAUUGUAUUGAUCGCAUAAGAUUUCUUUCACGGUUAAUGAUCGGUUCGUUAAAACAUGCAGCUAUAACACGCAAUAAAGGUAGAAUAAUAUGUCAUCGAAUAUCUGUUGUUGCAAGUCAAUUAAUAACUGAUUAUAUUUUAUAUAUUUCAACUAGUUUUGCUAAUCAAUCAAAAACAUCAGUUAUUCAUUUGUCUUUAUUAUUUCAUUCAUUUAUUCUUUGUCAAUUAUGGACAAUGUAUUGUGAACAAGUUAAUUAUGGAUAUGAUCGUGAAUCAUUUGUUGAAAUUAUGAAUUUUUGGACGAGGAUUAGAUCGGAUAUACUUCGUUUAUUAUCAUAUUCAAAAGUGAUAUCUAUUUUAACUAAAUGGCUUAAUCGUUUACAAUUUACAAUCGGACAAAUUGAAACUGAGACAAAUUUUGAUCUAUAUGGUUCAACAAUGCAACGUGUUUUAACUGAUAGGAAUUUUCUAUCAGAUUGGACACGAGAAACUAUUGAAAAAGUUGAUAAUUAUUUUCGUUCAAAAUAUUCAGUCGGUGAAAAUGGAAGUAGAAUAAAUGAUAAAAAAUUAUGGAGUGAUGAAUAUUUAUUACAUUUAACUAAAUAUAAAUGA